AUAGAUAACCGUUUUGGAGCGAACACUCAUAAGUAAAAUUUUUAAUGUGAAAUGGUUAAUUAAUUUUUUUUCUAUAAUUUAACGUAACAAUUUUCAAACUUCUAAAAAUUUCACUAGAAGAUAAACGUUGGUGUGCGUGAAUGAAUAUUUAUUUUAUACAGUUUAAUACGGCCGCCAGAAUUGACGGUCGGUUAUAGAAAGUGUACCGAAAAUUGUGUGUGAAAAAAAUAAAGAGGCACGGGACUGGAUUAGAACCCGCACCCCUAAGCGUCGCUGAGACGAACCCUACCAUUAGGCCACCGUUUACUUAUGGUGAUGAUACCGAUACACUUUCAUUUAGGUUUAUAACGUGAUGUGUGGAUGAGGGAAACUCGGUACCGUGUUAUGUUUAAUUAAGAAAUACUGUGAAAUAUGUUGCGUCUUCAAUCAUAUGAAUUAGAUACAAAUUUUAGUCUUAAAUAUAUUAACAAAACUACCAUCCGUGAUGUUCAAUAUUCAGAUAAAAAUAUUAUUCCUCGAGUUGAGAAGUUUUUAAAACAUUAUGUAGAAUCAUCAAGAAAUGUUAAAUACUUGAACAAAGAAUUGAUUGUUAAUGCUUUGCGUCUUGAAUAUUCAGAGUACAACAGGAAACCUUGGGGUGUAAUGGCUAACCUUAUUGCUAGAGCAUUAGUAGUUGUUGAUAAUCAGGGGAAAGAAAAUAUGAAUGAUCAUAAUUCGAUAUCUUCUGAUGAUUCAACCAUAAAUAUUAUGUCUUCUGGAGAAGAAUCAGUUGAUAUCACAAAUGACUUUGAUCCAAUAGAAAGUUUGAAUCCAAAUAUAACUGAGGUCAAUAACUCGAGUUCGGAAUCAACACAUGAAAUGGAUAUAGAGCCAGGUAUAGUAGUUGAUGUUAACCAAACUACUUCUAAUGGAGCAAGACAAAAAACAGUAAAGAACAUUUCUAGAGAAGUUAACAAUCAGUCAGGUUGGGUAACAACUCCUGCUAAGAAACUGAAAAGAGAAAUUGAGCAUUUGAAUAAAACAGUAGAUGGUAUGCCGACACCACUAAAAAAAGUUUUUCAAUUAAUUGGAUCUGCAGAAGAAGUUAAUGUGAAUUUUGAUAAUCUUGCAGGAUGUGAUUCAGUUUUGUUGGAAAUAUGCCAACUUAUUAUGCAUAUAAAACACCCUGAAGUGUACAAAACCUUAGGAGUUUCUCCACCAAAAGGUUUUUUGCUUCAUGGGCCACCUGGUUGUGGAAAAACACUUCUAGCCCAAGCAGUUGCAGGAGAGUUAAAAAUACCUUUAAUCAGUAUAGCAGCUCCACAAUUAGUUGUAGGAAUAAGUGGUGAGUCAGAAAAACGAGUUAGAAAAUUGUUUGAAUCUGCUGUCAAGUCAGCACCAUGUGUAUUAUUUAUUGACGAAGUGGACUCUAUUUCUCCUAAUCGAGAUAAUACAUCUCGUGAUAUGGAACGCAGGAUUGUUGCUCAAUUGUUAUCUUCAUUAGAUAGUUUAAAAGAUGAUGAUAAAGUUAUUGUGAUUGGUGCUACAAAUCGUCCUGAUAGUUUAGAUCCUGCUUUAAGAAGAGCAGGAAGGUUUGAUCGUGAAGUUUGUCUUGGUAUUCCUGAUAGACAGUCUCGCAGAGCAAUGUUAGAUUUAAUGUGCAAAGAAUUACGUAUUGCUCCAUCAGUUACUUUAGAUAGAUUAAGUGAACUUACUCCAGGUUUUGUUGGUGCUGAUUUAAAAUCGCUCACUAGAGAGGCAGCUACAGUAGCUGCAAAUAGAACUAUUGAAGAAAUUAAAAAUAGAUUAAAUUAUCUUAAUGGUGAAAAACCUAAUGAAACUGAAAUUAUACCAAAAAAUAAAAUUCUUGAUACAUUAAAUUUAUUACGUUCAAGUAAUAUUAUACCUAAAGAGGAAUUGGGUUCAAUAAAAAUAGAACUAGAUGAUUUUAAAGAAGCUUUGAAGAAAGUUGUUCCUUCUUCUAAAAGAGAAGGUUUUGUUACAGUACCUAAUAUAACUUGGGAUGACAUAGGUUCUUUAAAAAAAAUUAGACAAGAACUACAUAUGGCUAUGCUUGCUCCUGUGACUCAUGCUAAAGAAUUUACAGCUCUUGGAUUAGAUGUUCCAACUGGGGUAUUAUUGUGUGGACCACCAGGUUGUGGUAAAACAUUGUUGGCUAAAGCUGUAGCUAAUGAGGCUGGUAUUAACUUUAUAUCAAUUAAAGGACCAGAAUUACUUAAUAUGUAUGUUGGUGAAAGUGAAAGAGGAGUAAGACAGUGUUUUCAAAGAGCACGUAAUUCACAACCUUGUGUAAUAUUUUUUGAUGAAAUUGAUGCGUUAUGUCCAAAAAGAAGUGAUAUGGAUGCUAGUGGUCGAUCUGGACAAAGAGUUGUAAAUCAGCUAUUAACAGAAAUGGAUGGCUUUGAAGGUGGUCGCAGUGGUGGUGUAUUUGUUAUGGGUGCUACAAAUCGACCUGAUAUGAUUGAUCCUGCUGUACUUCGACCUGGACGUUUAGACAAAGUUCUUUAUGUUGGUUUACCAGAUGAUGAAGGUCGCGUUGAUAUAUUAAGAGCAAUAACUAAGGCUGGUACAAAACCUAUUCUAGCCUGUGAUGUUGAUUUAGAAGUAAUAGGUAAAAACGAAAAAUGUAACAACUUUACAGGAGCAGAUUUGGCCGCUUUGGUAAGAGAAGCUGGAAUUAUUUGCCUGGAAGAAUAUAUCACUUCUACAGAAGAAAACAAACAAUUAGCAAUCCAAAAUAAACACUUUGAUGAGGCUCUGUUAAAAAUUAGACCUUCAGUAUCACCUGAGGAUCGUAUUCGUUAUGAAAUUUUAAAAUUGGAGUAUGCAGCACCUAGGAGUUAACAUAUUUUCUAUUAUAUUUUUUAAGAUG